CCGUAGUCGAAGAAUACCUUUCUUGUACCGGUGUUCUUGUCAGUCGCAUGGAAGUGUAGCAUCGAGACAGUGUUGUUCUGUCUACAAAAGCAUCUGCCCUUUGGUCAUACGAGCGGGGACUCUGUCAUGCCGAACUCGCGGCCCAGGCCCCACCGGGGCGCCGGGGAUGGCGCCGGAGCAGCCGGCCGGGACGAGCUGGUGUCACGGUCCUUGCAGAGCGCAGAGCACUGUCUGGGAGCUCAGGACUUCGGCACUGCCUAUGCUCAUUACCUCCUCGUGCUCAGCCUGGCGCCGGAGCUGAAAGACGACGUGAAGGAAACUUUUCAGUAUACACUCUUCAGAUGGGCUGAAGAGCUUGAUGCUCUCAAUCGAAUACAAGACUUACUUGGUUGCUAUGAACAGGCCUUGGAACUGUUUCCUGAUGAUGAAGUGAUUUGCAAUAGUAUGGGGGAGCAUCUCUUCAGAACUCACCCUUGCACCAACUGGCGGAAAAAUAUUAAAGGGCCAGAUACAUCUUCCACAGAACAGGCAAAAAAGGAUGAAUUUGGCUUUAAGUCGAUGACUGGCUACAUUGGGCAUGAUAUUUUACUUACAUAUAUCUUUAAAAAAUCAUUCUAUAGAGUGUCCCUAGUUGUAACAGAAACUGUCGAUGCAGGUUUAUUUGGAGAAGGAAUUGUGGAGAGUUUGAUUCAUGCAUGGGAGCAUUUACUUUUGCAGCCAAAGACCAAAGGUGAAAAUGGUAAUUGUAAAAAGUAUGGGAAAGUUAUACCAGCAAGUGCUGUUGUAUUUGGGAUGGCAGUAGAAUGUGCAGAGAUAAGAAAACAUCAUAGAGUGGGUAUUAAGGACAUUGCUGGUGUCCAUUUUCCAACAAAUGUGAAAUUUCAGAGUCCAGCUUAUUCUUCUGCAGAUACUGAAGAAACAGUUGAACCUUAUACAACUGAAAAGAUGAGUCGAGUUCCAGGAGGAUAUUUGGCUUUGACUGAGUGCUUUGAAAUUAUGACAGUAGAUUUCAAUAAUCUUCAGGAAUUAAAAAGUCUUGCAACUAAAAAGCCUGGUAAGAUUGGUAUUCCUGUUAUUAAAGAAGGCAUACUAGAUGCUAUUGUGGUUUGGUUUGUGCUCCAGCUUGAUGAUGAACACAGUUUAUCCACAAGUCCUAGUGAGGAAACAUGUUGGGAACAGGCCGUCUACCCUGUACAGGACCUUGCAGACUACUGUAUAAAGCCUGGAGACCAUGUGAUGAUGGAAGUGUCUUGUCAAGAUUGUUACUUAAGAAUCCAGAAUAUCAAUUUCUUGGAUUUGGAACAUGAAAUGGAUGUUGCGAAAAGUUUUACCAAGAGUAAAGACUUAUUGACUUUAAAAAAUGAGGCUGAACUCUGUAGUGCCCUGGCUAACCUUCAGACCAGUAAACCAGAUGCUGUUGAGCAGACGUGUGUAUUGGAAUCCACAGAAAUUGCUUUGCUUAAUAACAUUCCAUAUCACGAAGGCUUUAAAAUGGCAAUGAGUAAAGUGUUAUCUUCAUUGGUCCCAGAGAAACUGUGUCAGGCCAUAGAUACUGAGUGUCCGAAUAAUGACAUGAGUUCUGGAACUGGACAGAAUAGUACUGUUCAGAGUUCCCCUGAACCUUUCUACGUGUUGGAUGUGUCCGAAGGCUUCUCUAUUCUGCCUAUAAUUGCUGGCACACUUGGGCAGGUUAAACCUUAUAGUUCUGUGGAGAAAGACCAGCAUCGUACCACUCUGGACAUCAUAUCUGAAGCCAAUCACUUUCCUAAAGAAACACUUGAAUUUUGGCUGAGACAUGUGGAGGAUGAAUCUGCCAUGCUGCAAAGGCCAAAAUCAGACAAGUUGUGGAGCAUAAUUAUAUUGGAUGUCAUUGAGCCAUCUGGGCUCAUUCAGCAGGAAAUAAUGGAAAAAGCUGCAAUAUCUAGGUGUUUACUACAAUCUGGAGGCAAGAUCUUUCCUCAGUAUGUGCUGAUGUUUGGAUUGCUUGUGGAAUCACAGACACUGGUAGAAGAGAGUGCUGUUCAAGGAACAGAAUGUACUCUUGGAUUAAAUAUAGCACCUUUCAUUAACCAGUUUCAGGUACCUAUACGUGUGUUUUUGGACCUAUCCUCAUUGCCCUGUAUACCUUUAAGCAAGCCAGUGGAACUCUUAAGACUAGAUUUAAUGACUCCGUAUUUGAACACCUCUAACAGAGAAGUAAAGGUACACAUUUGUAAAUCUGGACAAGUGACUGCUAUUCCAUUUUGGUAUCAUAUGUACCUUGAUGAAGAGAUUAGGUUGGAUACUUCAAGUGAAGCCUCCCACUGGAAACAAGCUGCAGUUGUUUUAGACAAUCCCAUCCAGGUUGAAAUGGGAGAGGAACUCGUACUCAGCGUUCAGCACCACAAAAGCAAUGUCAGCAUCACAGUAAAGCAAUGAAGAGUAGUUUUCAUUAUAAAUACAAAAUUCUUGCCUGAAUUAGUGGGGUUGUAAUCAUAAAAUAGGUGUAUAAAAUUUUAAUUCCUUGUAAUGGUCAAAUAUAUUAAAAAAUUUACAUUAAUAAAGGAUAUUUAAAAGAUUCUACAUCAAAGAGCAGCAUUAUUAUAAAAAUAUUGCAGACUUACUUUUUGAAAUAGGAUACACAUUAGUUUUUCAAGUUAGGAAGCUAUUUUUGCUUGACUUUACUUAAUAGAGAUUUUAAAAGUCUUAGUCUCAUCAUGUGUAAGUAAAGCAAAACUUUAAUUUUUUAGGCAUCUUGGCUUUUUUUCUUAAGUGUAAUUUUAUAAUAGAGAAACAUUGAAAGGUAGGCAUCCAGUGUGAAGACUGUGGUUACCUGUAAUUUUCAGCUUGUUUCCUUUUAAGUACCGGGUACUUCUGAAGUACCUCCUCAGGUUUUAUGUUUUGCAAAUGCAAGUUCGAAUAAGAAUUUAAGCUGUAAGCUAAAUGUAGUAAUUGAAAGAGUAAAGGAGUUAGGGAAGAAACAAAUCUUCAGGAGGCAGCAUUUUUCCUGGUCUACUUUGGCAAAGGAGAAUUUAAAAGCUGAUAACAAAACAAAAUUCAAGAAAAAUUUAAUUUUAAACCAGUAAUUUUCCAAAAUUUUGAUUUGGAUGCACAGUAAGAGAUAUAAUAAUUGGUCCAACGUUUUACAGGUUUUAGAAACAGGGAGAUUAAUAAGGAAGAUCAUUAUCAUGCCUUGUAUAUGCUGUGUGCUUUGUGUAAGUCACACAACAAGAUGUAUCUUUGCCUAUUGUCAUUACCUCUAUUAUUAUACUACUCAACUUUUUAAAAAUUUUAAAUAAAUUUUAUUGUAUAUA